GCGAGAAGAAAGUGGCUGCAAUUUUUUAGCGUCCGUAAAAAGAGAUUUUAAUUUGUGAUUUUGGCUGUGAAUAGUCAUAAAAAGAGUAUCAGGCGAUUCUUCAGAUCACAGAAAGUGUCUAAAGAUACAUAUCUUCAGCUGACGAGGUGAGACUGCGUGUCUUGUGCAAGGAUGGCUGACACUGCCGAAAAGGAUGCCUUGGAGAAUGUGGAGAAAGCGAUCCGAGCGGUACUCAACACGAGUCAGCACAGAAUGACAAUUCCGGAUAUCAGCAAAGACUAUAAAUCCCUCAUGUACGAAGGUAUUCCCUUCUCGAAGUAUGGUUACAAGUCGCUGGAGGAAUUUCUCAGGUCGUUUCCGAGUUUGGUAUUUGAAAAAGUCAAUGGACAGACGACUGUUCGUGCUGCGUUGAAAAAGGAAACAAGACAUAUUGUCCAGAUGGUUGCUGCUCAGAAGAAGCCGAAGAAGAGCCAUGCUACUUCCAACCGACCCACAUUGGCGUCGCGACCUGCGAUUUAUCAGCGCGCUUCGACGUCAUCCGCAGCCGUCCAGCGACCUGCGAACCACACGCAAUAUCGCAUGCCGAACAUCAAACUGGAGAAGUUGAGUUCGGAGAACAAGCGGGAGGCGCCUCAGCAACGACCAAAAUUGCUCAAGAUCGAUCCAACGAUCUAUUCUAAUCUCGCGGGCGCUAUUCCGAAGUCAUCGGUGAACAGUCGCAUUGUGCGAAAUAACACGAGACCGACUGCUCAGGAGCAAUCUCUGAAUGACAGACUCGUGCGACAGUCUUCGAUCACAACGCCUCCGUUGUCGCCGAGUCCUAGUCCACCGAUUCUGGUGACCAUAUCGAAUGGCGUCACGUCGCCAAAGCCAAAGAUUAUGUCGCCGAUGAAGAUGGAGUCCGACUUUCCGAUGCCUGUGACGCCAGAGCCUGAGAAGGUGGAGCUGGACAGGAACACAACGGUGCCCGUUAAGAAUCUUGCUGCUUAUUGCAAGUUCAUGGGUUACGCGGAGCCUCACUAUUCCUACUCUUGCAUCAAAUUCAAGGCGGGCGACAAGCUGUUCCAGUGUCGCGUGACCAUCUGCAAUAAGACUUACUGCUCAUAUCCAGAGCAUUGCGAAUCGACGGCUAAUGCUCAGAAUGUGGCAGCUGCAGCGGCCAUCCAUCGGCUCAUUCUGCAGGAUGAGAUCAGAAAAUUUCCCAUAUGUCAGGAGGAUGACGUAUCUAUCGCGGAGAGAUUCAUUGACAUCCUCAAUGAGCAUCCUCGAGGGCUACUUAUGACUGCCCUUCCUGACUACUUCCGCAAGAAGUAUGGGAUGACAUUGUCUGGAAAUUGGCCAAACAUUCUCUACAAUUUCGAUGAGUUCUUCUCGGUGGAGGAGAUUGGCGGACGCAACAUUGUAUAUUCGAUGAGUGUGAGUGAGAGGCCAUCUUCGGACUUGAUGAAUGAACUGGACGUAACUGUGUUCGAGACGUUGCAGCUGCCGUGGUCACAGGACAUGUGGAAGAUUCAGAUCACAAAUCCUGUGUCCACAAAUGAGAUAUAUGGCCAAAUUGUGGGUGAGCAGUACAACAAGAGACUGAAUACACUGAUGGUGGACAUUGAGAUGACCAUGAUGAACAAGAUGCCACCGGUUUUACACAUUGACGACAUCCAAGUGGGACGCAUUUAUCUGGUGAUCAACAACACAAACUGGAGCCGCGUGCGUGUUGAAUCAAUUGAUCGCAACAAUGCACGAUUUCAGUGCUUCUGCAUAGACACGGGUGAGCAGGAGAUGUAUACUGAGCUGUACGAGUGCAGUGCGGAUUACUUGAAGGUGCCGCAUCAGGCGAUUUGCUUCAGUCUGGCGUUCUUGGAGAGCUUCGAAGGAAAUCCUUAUGUGACACAGCAUCUCAAUACAAUCCUCGCUCACAAGCAGUUCUAUGCGCGCAUCAUGACGAAGAAUGAGGAGUUCGAGAUGAACAGUGUUCCGGGUGAGGAUGUGCCGAUUAAAGUUGUGCUGAUGGAUCCAGUGAAUCCGAGUCUGGAGAACAACGUCAAUCAGCAGAUUCUGCAGAAGAUCUGCAAUGAGACACCGGCUCAGGAACUUGAGAGAUCGGCACUGAAUCUAGUGAAGAUUACUCAUGUGUCGGACACUGGUGAUAUCUAUUGUCAGCUGAAGCAAAUUGGAAUGAACUACAUCCAGCGACAGACGGACGCUCUGGUGAUGGACGAGUCGAAGAUGGAUCUGCGUCGUCCCAUGGAGAGUGAGUCUUCUGACAUUCGCUAUUUGAUCCACGACAGAGACAGCGACAAAUGGUAUCGCGCCGUGCCAGACAUGCAAGUGAGUCUGAUGGAGACGUCCCACAAGAUGUACUGCAUCGACUAUGGGUUCAUCCUGGAGAUUCCCGAUGAGGAUAUCUAUCAAUUGGAGCCACUAAGUCAAGCGCUGUCCAAGUUUCCGGCCCUGGCGAUUAAGUGUCGCCUCUAUCAGCUGCAGAACAUGACGGAAUCGAUUGUGGCUCGCAUCAAGGGACUUCUCAGCGAAGGUUCCGAAUGCAUUCUGAAGGUGAUGGUGUCCACAACUUCGAUUCCUCAGGUGAAUUGCUACAUGCGCUAUCAGGACCAAUCUUUCUUCUGCAUCAACGAGUCUAUCAAGAUCGAAGAGGAGUUCGGAAGACAAAACGACAGCAAAGUCUCGUCGUCGCGCAACUCGCCAAACAGUCUGUCGAAUUCUCCGGAGAACGACCGCUUUUCAAGACUGAAGAUUACUCAGAAAGCUCAGCCUAAACUCUCACGAACGCUGAGUGGUCUCAAGCCGAUCGAGGACUUUGAAUUGCCGGCAAUUGAGACAACGUUUACGCUGAGCAUCGUGAUGAUAUCAAGUCCAUCCAAUUUCAUAAUUCAGCCACACGACGAUAAGAUUAACGAGAGCUUUGCGGAUCUCACGAGCAAGCUGCAGCAUUACUGUUCAGGAAACAACGAACAGCCAAUUCCUGCGGGCAGUUUUGAGAUCGGACAAGCAUACGCUGUGUUUGCAGAGAAAGAUUCACGAUGGUACAGAGGCAUUGUUGAUUUGGUGAUCAACAGCCAGCAAGUCCAGGUUACGCUGUGUGAUUAUGGGGAAAAGUUGCUGGUCAGCUGCAAUAACAUCAAGUCGCUGCCAAAUGAUUUCCGUCAGCUUCCGAAGCUGGGCAUUAGAUGUUGCCUUCAUGGAAUUAAGCCAACGCACGGCGAUUGGACGACUGAUGAUAUUCUGCGUUUCCGCGGACUUGUGUCGAGUCCCAAGAAGAAAUUCUUCAGCAUCAUCAAGAAGGUGUCCAAGAGUCAGGAGGAUGGAGGUAAGAUUGUGGGAAUCACCCUUCUCGACACUUCCAUUGAGAAGGACUCGAUUUUCAAUAAUCUGUUCGUAAAGGAGCAGCGAGCUCUGCAAAUUUAAAUUUUAGUUUCGCUCAAUCAGAUUAAGUUGAUCCCGAAUCAAGUUCUUUAUUUACUAUGUUACCAUAUAUUUAUCGUUAUCUAUGUGUUUCAAAAAGAUAGAAAUGAUUUGAAAAGGAUUCAAGAAUCCAUUCCAGAGAAAGAAGUUAUUCGAAUUGCUUUCAUCAAGUUUUCAAGCUAUAAAAAAACGAGAGAGAGAUAUAAAAAGAUUUUGGAAAAUGUAGGAAAAAUUUAAUAAGUAUUAUUAGCAAUAAACUUCCAUUUUGGAGAUGUUCUCUAUAUUCUGACCAAAAAGAAACGAGGUACAAGAGGAGAACCUAUUGAAAUUUCGAACUAUCUAUAUUAUCUUUGUUUUGUCAUUCAUUCAAAUAUUUAAUAUUCAUUGUUGUUUAACGAAAAAAACUCAUGUUUACGAUAUUCUUUCUGAAGGAAAAAAAAAUGAAUUUAAUGAACAUUUAGCAUAAUAAACUUGUUAUAGAAUAUUUUCAUAUUUUAUACGAAAUAAUAAACAUAGAAAAUUUAUUUUCACGUUAAUAAAAUACACAGAGAGUGAAAUAUAUAUUUAACUUUAUAUACAAAACGAAAAAUUUUAAGCUU